AUGGCCGCUACACCUCAGACCGACUAUUUGUUAGAUGAGCAUAUACCGGCGCCACCGUACGACAUGCUCAAGAAACUUCAGUUGUUUCGCACAACACUUGUGAACUUUAUUGAGUGGAAGAACUUCGAGGAGGUAGUCCGCGGUUGCUACGUGCGGGUGUUAUUAGAAAUGCGCAGUGAAGACAUGCGGCGUGAUAAUAGUGAUCACUACUACAUCGCUUGUGUUAGAGGGGCGCGGAGGGGUCCAAAGUACUCGGGGUUUUCCGCCGACAUGGCCUGUACUGAAUGGCAUAUUGUGAUUGAGCUUCCCCCAUGUUUCCGAGCUACGCAAAACGGGAAUGUUGUGCAACUCAACUCCAUUUCGAAUUCCCCAUUCCGUCCAGCGGAGUAUCAGCAAUGGGUGGAAAUGACAUGUGAGGCUGGUGUGCCCUUCCUGAACCCCUCACAAAUUCAGUUCCGCUUAGACAUGCUGGAGGAGCAUAAACAAAGAGCAUUGGUGCCUGAGAUGCGAAGGAAACGUUACGGUGAAGAUUCAGCACUUACGGAGCGAAGGGAGCGGGUACUGAAAGCGCUAAGAGAGGAAAUUACAAUUGAGGUCUUUAGCACCCACGUACAAAUGCCAGUAAUCGCGGAACUGCAGCACCGGUCGUUGGAACAGUUGCAGGAAAUUGAGCGUGAGAUGUUAGAAAUGAUUAGCCGCGUGCGCAUGACUAUCAAUGAGCGGUCAAAGUGUAUGGUAUGUCGUCGGCGCCUCUGCACUGUAAUCUGUUAUCCGUGCAAACACCAGGUGUUGUGCAAGGACUGUGCGCAGUACAUUUGCAACAAAUGUCCCGUACCUUCUUGCAGUGAACAUGUGAUGGAGACAUUUGAGGCAUAUACAUUGUAG